GCUGGUGGUUUGGAACCCGUAUUGCGGGAAGCCCCUGUGGAUCGAGCUCACAAAUAAACUCAAUAUAUGGCCCCAUUCUUCGUAUGCCCUCGGAUACGACAAGAGCAGCAACUCCUACAAAGUCUUAAGAUUUAGGGAUUAUUCUAUGACCGGGGUUUCCAUUGAUUUCACAAUCCACGACCUAAACUCUGAUUCAUGGAGGGUUCUUGAUAUCACUCCAGACUGGAAGGUGACUUUCUUUCAUGCUGGCGUGUCUCUCAAUGGAAAUACCUACUGGCUUGCUACGAAGGCGGGGGAGUCAGACGAGUAUGAAGAUGGUUGCUUGGUCUGUUUUGAUUUCACAAGGGAGACAUUUGGGCCACGGUUGCCUCUGCCUUUCGAGCAUGUGCUUGAAGAUACUGUGAGUCUAUCUGUUGUCAGAGGAGGAGAGAAGCUUGCGGUUUUGUUUCAGCCAUGGGAUACUUUAAAGGUGGAGAUAUGGGUUACGAGCAAGAUUGAGCCCGACGCGGUGACGUGGGAAAGCAAGGUGUUCUUGGAAGCGAGUUUGAAAAAAUUCAUUCACCCUAUGUUUCAGUUUCGCAUUAGAGGUGCUAGUUUCUUCAUUGACGAGGAGAAGAAAGUCGCCAUGGUUAUGGAUAAAGAGUUCGUUCUUCGCGCUGUACAGCCUACUCGCCACCAAGCUUACAUCAUUGGAGUGGAUGGGUCCUUGAAGAAAGUUGAUCUUGGAGAAGCUGCUGACAAACGGAAUUUACCACUUGCGUGCUCUUAUCUUCCAAGUUUGAUCCAACCUUAUUAG